AUGGGUCGCGCGAUAACAAUCUCGUCGUCUAUCCUCCUAUCAACAGGAGGAUUUCUGUUCGGCUAUGAUUCCGGUAUCAUUACGUCGACGAUUGCUUUGCCCACCUUCGUUGACUAUUUCAAUGAUCCAUCCGAUACAGUCACAGGUGGCAUCGUAUCCGCCUUUCAAGGUGGUGCCAUUCUAGGGACCAUCAUCAACAUGCUCUUUGCAAAUUCCUUAGGACGUCGUAGGACUAUAUUCAUGGCCUCCGUAAUCUCCUGCUUAGGAUGUGCGUUACAAGCCGGCGCCGUGAACAUGGCUAUGUUAAUCAUCGGACGUUUCAUUGGUGGUGUUGCCGUGGGCCAGCUUACAGCCACAGUCCCCAUGUACGCCUCUGAAAUAUCAGAGGCGAAGUACAGAGGUGCCCUUUCUGGUCUACUCCAAUGGAUGUUGAGUUGGGGCUUCUUAGUCGCCCAGUGGCUGGGAUACGGCUGCUCAUUCUCCACGACUGUAUUCUCCUGGCGAUUCCCGCUUGCUUUCCAAACAGUCCCUGGCAUUGUCCUCCUUGUCGGCAUAUUUUUCCUCCACGAAUCCCCACGGUGGCUGAUGGAAAAGGACCGCCAUGAGGAAGCUCGUCAAGUCCUGAAUAGACUCCGAAGUGGCCUCCCCGAAACCGUCAUCGACCUCGAAUACCGCGAAAUCCGGGACGUGAUCCUGGCCGACCGAGCCCUUGGAGAUAUCACCUGGAAAUCGAUAAUAAUGAAACCAACCUGGCGCAAGCGUCUCCUCCUAGGCUGCGGAGUGCAAGCCUUCGGACCCCUCUCGGGCAUAAACGUAAUCAACUACUACGGGCCCCGAAUCUACGAGAUCCUAGGGAUAACUACACGGGAGUCGCUCUUAAUCAUCGGAAUUAACGGCGCCUUAGCAAUAGUCUACUGCACUAUCGGGCUAGGUCUCCUCGACCGCGUGGGACGGAUUAAACCCCUCAUGGCCUCAGCAGGAGGCACAGCAACCGCACUGCUCAUCAACGCCGUACAAGGCCAAUACUUCAACCCGGAGAACGCGAACCAGAUGCGCAGCAUGGUGGCCAUGAAUUUCCUCUUCAGUUUCUUCUACACACCACUGGGCAUCAUUAGUUGGGUUUAUCCGGCGGAGAUCUUCCCCGUCGAAGUCCGUGCUCUGGGUAAUGCGAUCACAACGUUCACGAACUGGACGGUGAAUCUUAUCUUCGCGCAGUUUACGCCGCAGGCUUUGACGGCCAUUGAGUUUCGGUAUUUUUAUGUGUUUUUUGUCUUUAAUUUGGUCGCUUUGGCUUCUUAUGUUUUCUUCUUUCCCGAGACCAAGGGCCGCACUUUGGAGCAGAUGGAUGAGCUCUUUGGCGAUCAGCUUGUUCCUCAUGCUAUGCAGGAUGCCGAGGGUGCGGAAAUUGCUAUGAAGGGGAAGUCGCAUGUGGUUGAGUAG